AUGGAGCGCGCGCUGGCCGUCGCCUUGCUCGUCAUGCUCACGCUCUGGAGCGUGCCGGUGGCGGCCGGCGACGGAGGCAUUUCCCUGGCGCCGGAGGCGUGCCGCCUGGACCGGCUUCCCCGUGGCUCACCCGGAGACGCUACAACGGCUGAAAUCGGGAGAAUGAACAACAGAAUACUAUCGGGAAGAGACACAGGAGCUUUGACCAGAGGCUAUGUGAAGGAGCUCAAGGUUGCUGUGCCUAAAAAACCGGGGUUUAAAGCUUUUGUGAAUGCAACUUCUCAUAAUGCCAGUGGCUAUUGCAUUGAUAUCUUUGAGGCUGCUGCGAAGAAACUACCACAUGUUCUUCAUUAUGAGUUCGUUGCUGUUGAUGGUUCUUAUGACGAACUAGUACGCAACGUGUCUUCGGGGAACUACGAUGCAGUAGUGGGUGACAUAACUAUAACCGCAGCGCGAGCUGUAGACGUGGACUUCACGAUGCCAUACACUGAGUCAGGCGUGUCACUGCUUGUGCUCACCGAGAAUGACUCCAAGUCAGGAAUUGAAUGGGUGUUCCUAAAGCCACUAACAACACAACUUUGGUUAGCACUUAUGGGGGGAUUCUUCUUCACUGGACUUGUUGUGUGGACGAUCGAGUGGCCCAGAAACCCGGAGUACCAAAGAUCGAGUUUGAGACAGUGCAGCACUGCUCUCUACUUUUCUUUCUCGACUUUGACAUUUUCUCAUGUGCAGAGCUACACAGCUAGCUUAUCAUCCAUUUUGACUGCAAAGAGGCUCCGGCCCUCAGUGACAGAUCUUGAGCAGCUCCGAUCAAAUGGUGAUUAUAUUGGAUACCAAUCUGGAUCAUUUGUACGUUCUGUCUUGAUAAAAGAAGGCUUCAAUGUCAAUAGGCUAAAGGACUAUCCGAAUAAAGAGGAAUAUGCUAAAGCUUUGAGGAAGGGAUCAAAGAAUGGAGGUGUCUCAGCUAUCGUUGAUGAGAUCCCAUAUAUAACCUCGUUUCUCUCUGACCCUAAAUAUAUUAAUGAAUUCCAGAUGGUUAAUCGCAUAUACAAGACACCUGGACUUGGUUUCGUGUUUCCUCAAAAAUCUCCGCUGGUGCAUGAUCUUUCGGUUGCCAUCCUGGACCUUGGGGCUGAGGGCUCACGAAUUGAAAAGAAAUGGUUAGGCACAGAAACACCAUUGCCCAGCUAUGGCAUCCCCAACACGGACGCGACACCUCUCACUUUGCGAAGUUUCUCUGGUCUCUUCAUCAUCACUGUAUGUAUGUCAGCUCUCAUGCUGUUGAUAAGCAUUGCCAAGUCGGUUCAUGCCAAAUACACCAAAGUGAGGGAUUCUGAUAUGCAGAGUGCCGAUGGAGAUGGCAGAAGUGAAGGCCACAGAGGAUUUGGUCCGCUGCAGAACGACAUGGGCAAUGGGUCUAUGGCUGAUCAACCCCACCAUGAAGCCAGAAAUGAGCAUCCUCAGGGUGUCAGUGGGAUCAGAGAAAGUCCUGGUGAUGUAGAACCCAAUGACUCUGUGCCCGAACACGCCAUCCUAAUCGAGAUGAACACCCGAUGAGAUGCCGACAACUGUUCUGCAUAGCGCGCAUCAGAUCAGAAGAAAUGAAAAAUACUUUCGUUCCGU